AUGGCCAACGCUGCCUACCUUCACGACCUGUUCUCGCAAAGAUGCACGAAUCCCUUGAAGGAGUUGAAACUUCCGCCGGAUCGAAAUGGGGCAAUAAAAAUCAAAAGAGGCACUUUUCCGGCGGAAGACUCCAAAGCAAUUUCCCUGAAUUGGUUGCAACAUCGGGUGCAGGAAAUCCAGAAGAGCGUCCCGGAAGUAAAAAGGCCUCUUACCUCGAAUACAUUUCUUAUUUCGAGACGCGAACACGGUAAAAACGUAACCUUGGAGAAAUCUCCACAUUGGCAAGUCCUGAAAUCUCUCGCAGCGGAAAUUCCUCCGCUGGAAUCGACGAUCAAUGGGUUUCUCGAAGAAGCUGCAGGAAUUUUAGCCGCUUCGAAGGAAGAUAGCCAUCGACUUCGGACAUGGAGAUCACCAAUCAGCAGUCUGAGUUCCAUGACGAACCUCAAAACAGAAAUGGAGGAAAUCAAGAACAACGAGAACGAACUGAAAGUCGCUCUCGAAUACGUCACGACAAAAGCCGUCGAUGCAACUCGCAGAAUCAAAGAACUCGAGAUUGAAUUAACAGAGUCACAGAACACUCUGAAAGUGGAGAGGAAGAUGAAACUUUCCCUUGAAAGUGAUCUCGAAGAAGGCAACUAUCAAAGAGCCCGAAUGCAAGCAAGAAUCGACUUUUUAGAAAGAGAAAACAGAAGGCGAUUUGACAUGGACCUGCUGGAAAUCGCAUUGCAGCAGUCCAGAGAGGACCUGAAAGAGUUGUCAGGACGAAUGAUGAGGAUGCAAGUGGAAUUCAGCGACGUGGUUCCCAGGAACAUGCACGAAAAGAUGGAGAUUCAAUUUAGAAGCUUGCAGAGGGAACACGCGAAAUUGGAGCAGCAAGUAGCGACAGCAGACAAAGGAAGAGAAGACUUGAUUAAUGAAGUCGAAAUGCUGCGAGCGAGAAACGCGGACCUGGAAUGCGAGUGUGGGGAAUUGAAACGGUGCGGAACUCCGCGUCCUUACUGGGCCAAAUGUUCGGAGUUCGUGGAUGGUGGACUAUCGCGGUGGAGGAAAUUGUCAAAAGGAAAAUCUAGUCGAGACAUGCUGAACCUCAUUCUAGCAGAAUUUUCUGGAGAUCACGGAGUUGCCAAAAGACCUGAAUUCUUCCAGGGAAAAGGAACUCACGCUCACGUGCCUAAAUAUCUGCAAUGGGACGGAAAAGUGAGGAACCGACAUCUAGGUGUGCGAGACGUAACAUUCAUGAUCCAGGAUGUGUGGGCGCAUAAGCGCGUCAACGACGAAGAAAUGGGGCAUCGACAAGGAAUGUCCAACUUCGUAGCUCAAUAUUUGGAACAAAGCUUCGCCGAAGCUUGCAAAAGGUUCAGUCAUGUCGAAGAUAUCGGUCUUUUCUGGGGAAUUCUUUGCGGAGAAUUCGACGAAGGCAUUUAUCACGAUCGAACAGAAACUGCCGAAAAAAUUCUGAAGGCUUGUGAACAACACUGCGUUGAUCACGACUCGGAGCGAUUGGCUUCGGACAUGAUUCAAAUCCCGAGUUUCCGAGACAUUCUCACAAAAAUGUUUCCGUUGAAAUCAUCAUCAGCAAUUGAUCAACUCGUCGGAGAAGCUGUUUUCAAUUUACGGCUGCCACAAACGGCCAACUACAUGCAAUAUACAAAGUUAUUUGAUCAGAAAGAAUAUGGAGAAAAGAGCGGGUUCCUGAAACUCCUCGAACAGCAAGAAAAAGAAGAACAAGAAAAGUACAUUAAGGACGUGCUGGUGGCUUUGGGAAAAUGCGAAACAGUUUCCCUUGACGCCGUCAGAAGAGCAUUCGUUAUCGUCGACCCUCACAUCGAGCAAAAUAUUCUGCAGCGUUAUACGAAGUGGAUCUUUGCUGGAAUUCAUUCCAGCAACAGAAAACCUGUAGAAGACGAGCAAGUCGUUAUUCAGAGCGAAAAACUGGUUCGUAGAUUGAAGAGAGGUAAUAUUCACAGGGUUGGGCCGAGACCCUACUGAAAAAGCAUGGGAAAAACC